GCUGUUCACCGGUGGAAGCGGAAGAGGAAGGAGGAGAGAAGAUGAUUACUUCGAAGGAUUUCUACAACGUGAUGACGGCGGUGGUGCCACUGUACGUGGCCAUGAUCCUUGCAUAUGGGUCGGUGAAGUGGUGGGGGAUCUUCACGCCGACGCAGUGCUCCGGCAUCAACCGCUUCGUGGCGCUCUUCGCGGUGCCGCUGCUCUCCUUCCACUUCAUCUCCGGCAACAACAUCUACGCUAUGAACCUCCGGUUUAUCGCCGCGGAUACGCUCCAGAAGCUGCUGGUUCUGGCGGCGCUAACCGCCUGGGGUCGUCUCAGCCGCCGCGGCCGGCUCGACUGGACCAUCACCACCUUCUCCCUCUCCACCCUCCCCAACACCCUGGUCAUGGGCAUUCCCCUCCUCCGAGGCAUGUACGGAGAAGCCUCCGGCACUCUCAUGGUUCAGAUCGUCGUGCUCCAGUGUAUCGUCUGGUACACCCUCAUGCUGUUCCUCUUCGAGUACCGCGCCGCCAAGACUCUGAUCGCCGACCAGUUCCCCGACACCGCCGGAGCCAUCGCCUCCAUCACCGUUGACUCCGAUGUCGUAUCCCUCGACGGACGCGAAGUCCCUAUCGAGACUGAAACCCGCCUCAAGGACGACGGCAGGCUCCACGUCACCGUCCGCCGAUCCAACGCCUCCCGCUCCGACCUCAACUACCCGCGCCGCUCCGUCGGCGGUUUCUCCGUCACAACCCCGCGCCCGUCCAAUCUCACCAACGCUGAGAUUUAUUCCCUCCAGUCGUCGCGCAACCCCACGCCCCGCGGCUCCAGCUUCAACCACAACGACUUCUACGCUAUGGUGGGCGGCCGGAGCUCCAACUUUGGGGCGGCAACGCCUCGGCCGUCCAACUACGACGAGUCUGAGCUCGGUGCCAAGCCGGCGACGCGGUUCCAGUACCAACUUCCGGUGACCGCCCCCUACCCAACGCUGAAUCCCACCGUCUUCCCGCCCGCACCCAAAAGGGCGGCCACUGGGCAGCCCAACGUCCCCAAAACAGAGGACGCCGGCAACAAGGACCUUCACAUGUUCGUGUGGAGCUCCAGCGCGUCGCCGGUCUCCGACGUGUUCGGAAACGGUAAGGACUACGGUUUUCCGCCAGCAGUAGAGCACCAGGUCGCCGUAGGAGUUUCUCCCACAAAAUUGGACGAUCAGUAUCUAGAGCGAGAGGAGUUCAGCUUCCCCAACAAGACGACUAGUCUCGACAAAGACGGAACACCUCAGCCUCGCGAGGGAGAUGAGGAGAAAGCCAAAACGGAGCUGGCCGCCGCAGGGAAAGAAGGCCUACGGGAAGUGACGUCCAUGCCGCCAACAAGCGUCAUGACGAGGUUGAUCCUGAUCAUGGUGUGGCGAAGGCUCAUCCGCAACCCUAACACCUACUCCAGCUUGAUCGGCAUCAUCUGGUCUCUCGUCUGCUUCCGGUGGAACUUCCAGAUGCCGGUUAUCAUACUAAACUCCAUCUCCAUCCUCUCGGACGCCGGCCUCGGCAUGGCCAUGUUCAGCCUCGGUCUCUUCAUGGCGCUGCAGCCGAGAAUCAUAGCGUGCGGGAACAAGGUCGCAGCAUACGCCAUGGCCGUGAGGUUCCUGGUAGGCCCUGCUGUCAUGGCAGUGGCUUCCUUGGUCAUUGGCCUACGCGGUGUCCUCUUGCACAUCGCCAUUGUCCAGGCAUCCCUGCCACAAGGCAUUGUCCCCUUCGUGUUCGCAAAAGAGUACAACGUACACCCAGACAUUCUCAGCACAGCAGUGAUAUUCGGGAUGCUGAUCGCUCUGCCCAUAACUCUGGUCUACUACAUCCUCCUGGGAAUUUGACGACUGUAAUCCAUCGAGAAUUUUUUCGCUGUUAUUGUUAAAUCGAUCGACUAUGAAAUUAAAUCCUAAUUAAGCUGUC